UCUUUGUUUUUCUUUUGUCUUUCUUUUUCUUACCUCAACCCUAAACCAAAUCCAUUCUGCUCCUGAUGCUUCGGGGAACAGUAGGACCCAACCAAAGGUGUUUGCUUAUGAUCACUGCUUUUGGUCUAUGGAUGAAUCUGUCAAAGAAAAAUAUGCAGGUCAAGAUGUUGUUUUCAAGUGCCUUGGAGAGAAUAUUCUUCAGAAUGCCUUUGAAGGCUAUAACGCUUGCAUCUUUGCCUAUGGGCAAACUGGAUCUGGAAAAUCAUACACGAUGAUGGGUACUGCUGACCAGCCUGGAUUAAUCCCUAGACUUUGCAGUGGACUCUUUGAAAGAGCACAGAAAGAGGAAAAUGAAGAGCAGAGUUUCAAAGUGGAAGUAUCCUACAUGGAGAUAUACAAUGAGAAAGUCAGAGAUCUUCUUGACCCAAAAGGAAGCCGUCAGACAUUAAAAGUCAGAGAACACAGUGUUUAUGGUCCUUACGUAGAUGGCCUAUCCAAACUAGCUGUUGCUAGCUACAAGGACAUCGAGUCCUUGAUGUCUGAGGGCAACAAAUCUCGAACAGUGGCUGCAACCAACAUGAAUGAGGAGAGCAGUCGGUCCCACGCAGUCUUCAAGAUUAUCCUCACCCACACGCUCUAUGAUGUACAAUCAGGGACAUCAGGUGAGAAGGUGGGCAAGCUGAGUCUGGUGGACUUAGCAGGUAGUGAAAGGGCAACUAAGACAGGUGCUGCAGGAGACAGGCUGAAGGAAGGAAGCAACAUUAACAAAUCCCUCACAACUCUUGGGCUGGUUAUUUCUGCCCUGGCAGAUCAGGCUGCUGGCAAGAACAAGAAUAAAUUUGUUCCUUACCGUGAUUCUGUGCUCACUUGGUUACUUAAAGAUAGCCUUGGUGGUAACAGCAAGACUGCCAUGGUAGCAACAGUAAGCCCAGCAGCAGACAACUAUGAUGAGACCCUUUCAACACUGAGGUACGCAGACCGGGCCAAGAACAUCGUUAACCAUGCCGUGGUGAACGAAGACCCCAACGCGCGCAUUAUUCGGGAGCUCCGUGAGGAAGUGGAGAAGCUGCGAGAACAACUCACAAAAGCAGAG